UUUCGAAAAUUAUGACUGUAACUGUUGGUUGCUAUAACAACCUUACUGAGCAAGCAAGUAGAGAUCAUAGAAACGAAAUUUAAAAAUGAGGUUAAUUUUAUUUUUACGACUGUCGUUUCAAUUAUCCAACAAAGUUAAUUACUUUUUGUAAAAAUUUUAUGUUGGAAAUGUAAUUUUUGGUCUAUUGUGAAGUGACGUAUAAAACAAAAGUUUCAAAAUGUCUCAAAAAAAAACUGCAACCUGUCGUAAGAUAAGAUCUAAUGUUCCUGGUCUAGAAAAACUUCCACCUCUGCCAAAUGUUGAAACUAAUAUUGAUGCCUUAAUCGACAGAGACAGAUGGAAAAACAGUAAAAUGUGGUCCAUUGGUGUAUCUGCUAAACGUAAGAAAGAAUAUCGAGAAAAAAUUUACCAACAAGCUAAAGAAAUUGAUGAAACUCUGCAAAACAGGAAAGUAGAUAGUGAGUUUAAAGGAGUUAAAAGAAAACCUGAGUAUUAUUACAAUGAACUGAAGAAUUUGAUAUAUUCUGCACCUGUUAGCUCUUUACCUGAAGAAAUAAUCGAAAGAAUAGGUGAACUUCUAAGAAAGGGUUGUUCUAUUUUUAACAAAACAGAUCCUAUUUUUAUUCUAGAAAUUGAAGAAUUAAAGAAAAGUUAUGAAGAAGUUAUGCGCCUUAUUCGCACUGACUUUGUUCUUAAAAAUAGUGAAAAAGUGCCUUCCAAGAAAUUAAAGUAUGUUUACUUUGUUGAUGGAACAUUAAAAUCAAGAUUAGAAAGCUCAAAACUGUAUUUAGUGAAAAACUUGCAUGUACUUCAUCCUCUUAUACAAAAAGCGAAACAAAUCUGUUUGAAGCAAAUCAAAGAAAUUUUAGAUCCACAUAAUUUCAACAAGCCUUCAGAAUUGUAUGAAAUAAAGAUCUUUUGUGAUGAAAUUAUAGCCAAGUGUAACAGCUAUGAAAAUGAUUUAAUGAGUUUUUGGUGGCCAGAAAUCAGUUUACUUUUUUCUGAUAAAAAGAGCUUAAGGAAUUACAAAGGCAAAUGCCGGUUGUCUAUCCUGAACUGUGUCAACACUUUAAUAUCAGUUAAGAUUCAUCAUAUCCUUUUAAUGACUUUAAAUUCUAUCUUGGAUAUUUUUGACUCAGUAGAAAAUGAUUCUCUAUCAUUCCAUGUUGUACUGAAAGUGAAACCAGUGUCUACCUAUGCUGUCCUUGAAUGUGACCCAUCAAUGGAAGUCUUCUUUGCAUCAUUCUUAAACUUGUUCGAUCAGAUUAAUAAAGUGAUGUCAGAUGUUCCUAAAAUGCAGUGUUGGAUUGAAGAAGACAGCAGUAAUUCGACUUUGAAUGUUGCCAUUACGGAAUUCUCUAUGAGCAGAAUAAAAUCUGAGUUUAAAGCACAUUUGCAGAGGCAUUAUGAUGAAGUUACUCAGUUCUCAAACAUUCAUCUGAAGAAGUUUGAUUAUAUCCUAUCUGCAAAAUGUUUUUAUGAAGUACAAAAGUUUCUUCAAGAAUCUCCUGACUUCUUUGAAGUCUGUAGGCAACUGAAAUUCUAUUUAGACAAGAAGGAUCUAGUUAAUAAUUUGAUGAAUUAUAAACAGUUUUCUUUGCUGUAUGUUGACUUGAAAACCUUGAAAUUUCAACUAACUGUAUUACAUGAUGAUCUGAUUGGUCAACUUAAAACAGCUGCUUGCCAAAUGCUCAGUGAUUUGAAAAAAGGAAUCUGUGCAGAAUUCAACGAGUUAAAAAACAUUCUGCUGUCCGUGCCAGAAACCGCCAGAGAGAUGGUUGCUCUUGCUGAUAUAUUUGAAAGACAGAAGAAAACUGAUUUCAAUAUUCUUCUAGAUAAAAUUAAGGAUGCUUUAANGGAAAAAUGA